CUGACAUAUAGAAUGGAGAAGUUUCUGAAUGAUAUUGAAUCAGGAAGGCCUAUCAGAUUCACCUCGCGCCACCUAACGCGUGCAACAAACAAUUACUCCAACAUGUUGGGCUCAGGAGGAUUCGGAUCAGUUUAUAAAGGAACACUUGGUAAUGGAACUGUUGUGGCAGUUAAAGUUCUACAUAGUAGUGUUUCUGACAAGAGAAUGGAAGAACAGUUCAUGGCUGAAGUGAGCACAAUUGGAAGAGUUCAUCAUUUCAAUCUGGUUCGCCUCUUAGGAUUCUGCAUUGAAACUGAUACGAGAGCUUUAGUUUAUGAGUACAUGUGCAAUGGAUCUCUUGACAAGUAUCUGUUUUGUGAAAACAAGGCCUUAGGAUUUGGGAAGCUUCAUGAGAUUGCUGUAGGAACGGCUAAAGGAAUUGCUUACUUACAUGAAGAAUGCAACCAGAGGAUUAUCCACUACGACAUUAAACCAGAAAACAUCCUCUUGGACCAUAAUUUCUGUCCUAAAGUUGCUGAUUUUGGUUUAGCGAAGCUCUAUAACAGAGAAAAGUCCUGUGUUACUAUGACAGGACUAAGAGGGACACCAGGAUAUGCUGCACCAGAACUUUGGAUGCCUUUUCGUGUAACUCACAAGUGUGAUGUUUUCAGCUUUGGAAUGUUGUUAUUUGAAAUCAUAGGAAGAAGAAGAAACCUUGACGUUAACCUCACAGAAAGUCAAGAGUGGUUUCCAAGACAGGUUUGGAUAAAAUUUGAGAGUGAAAAACUAGAAGAGCUGAUAAUAGACUAUGGCAUAUUUGAAGAUGAAGAUAAAGAGAUAGUGGAAAGAAUGGCAAGACUAGCUUUCUGGUGUGUUCAAUAUAGACCAGAAUUGAGACCCAUAAUGAGUGUUGUGGUGAAAAUGUUGGAAGGCUCAAUGGAUAUCCCAGAUCCUUCAAACCCAUUUCAACACUGGAUGGAAGAAGAUCAUGCAACAUUGGAAGCAUCAGCACAAAAGGAUAUUAGUAUCAAUGUUGUUUCAUCUAAUCUUGAGGCAUCAGAAUCUUCCAUUGCGUAUGAGACCCAUAGAUUCUCUUUAGAUGGAAUCUUGCCAUGCAUGGUCUAGAGUGUAAGUUCUGGACUCAUAUCUUGUUGAUAUCUAGUGCUUUGAUUAUGUUAGAUAGAGGUCAAGGCACACGUAGAAGCUGCAACAUGUGCCAUUUUUAUAAUUAAAGACUGGUUAUCUAUAUUUGAGUCGUGUUCUGACAAUAAGGACGUGUGUGUGUGUGUCUGUCUCAUACGAUAAUA